CCUUCCACCACCUCCUCCUCCUCCUUCUCAGUGCAGCUUGGAGAGCGAGCGAGCAAGAGUGGCGGCGGUGGAUGAGUCGACGGCACGAAAACCUUUCUCCUACCCUUCAAAAAGCACCUAAAAAGCAGCCGAGGAAGGCCGUACCGGAGUCCGCGUCAGUUGGGUGAUGACAUUUGCGCACCAUGGACUACGAUAGAGAGGCGGUUUAGCGUGAACGGCUGACGGUUGCUGGACGAUUUCGUAAACUGGGCUCGUUUUGGAACAUCUGUAUAGCAAAAUGUGGCCAUCCGCUCUCCUUCCUCCGGGGUCGAUUUAGACGCUCGAUUUAGACGUUUGCACGCUCCCCAUUUCGUCUCAAAAUCCAACUAAUCCCCCCCUCUCGCUCCCCGGGGAGCAGUGAAGUCAUCCGAGAGGGAAAAACGGGGUUUAAUCAUCUCCGUAGCGACAAGGAAAAUCCGCUUUCUCUCCCCUCCCUCACUCGGACUCGCCCUACCCCCCUCCCUCCCCACCCGCGUUUACAUGCUGUGUUCCCUCUAAGUGCUCUCUCCUCGACACCCCCUGUCCCCCCCUUCCCCUUUCCCACCUUCGAGCCACUCAACUGGCCAUUAUCUGCCGUCGAGGAUGCCGGAUCAGAUCUCAGUAACCGAGUUCCUGUCGGAGACGACCGAGGAUUACAAUUCGCCCACCACGUCCAGCUUCACCACCCGGCUGCAGAGCUGCAGGAACACCGUCAGCGUCCUGGAGGAGGCGCUUGACCAGGACCGAACCUCUCUGCAGAAGGUGAAGAAAUCCGUCAAAGCCAUCUACAAUUCAGGACAAGAUCAUGUCCAAAAUGAGGAAAACUAUGCCCAAGCGCUGGACAAAUUUGGCAGCAACUUCAUCAGCCGGGACAACCCUGACUUGGGCACUGCCUUUGUCAAAUUCUCCUCACUUACCAAGGAGCUAUCAGCCCUCCUGAAGAACCUGCUGCAGAGCCUGAGCCACAAUGUAAUCUUCACUCUGGACUCACUACUCAAAGGAGACUUGAAAGGUGUCAAAGGGGACAUCAAGAAGCCCUUUGACAAGGCCUGGAAGGACUACGAGGCCAAGUUCACCAAAAUCGAGAAGGAAAAGCGGGAGCACGCCAAGCAGCACGGGAUGAUCCGCACUGAGAUCACCGGAGCCGAGAUUGCUGAGGAGAUGGAAAAGGAGCGUCGGCUCUUCCAGCUGCAGAUGUGCGAGUACCUGAUCAAAGUGAAUGAGAUCAAGACCAAGAAAGGCGUGGACCUCCUGCAGAACCUCAUUAAGUAUUACCACGCGCAGUGCAAUUUCUUCCAAGAUGGCUUGAAGACGGCCGACAAGUUGAAGCAGUACAUUGAGAAGUUGGCGGCUGACCUCUACAACAUCAAACAAACCCAAGAUGAGGAGAAGAAGCAGCUGACUGCCCUGCGCGACCUCAUCAAGUCCUCCCUCCAGCUGGACCAGAAGGAGGACUCGCAGAGUAAGCAAGGUGGCUACAGCAUGCACCAGCUGCAGGGCAACAAGGAAUUUGGCAGCGAGAAAAAAGGCUACCUCCUGAAGAAGAGCGACGGGCUGAGAAAGGUGUGGCAGCGCAGGCAGUGCUCGGUGAAGGGGGGCAUCCUCACCAUCUCUCAUGCCACAUCCAACAGGCAGCCGGUGAAGCUCAACCUCCUCACCUGCCAGGUCAAACCCAGUGCCGAGGACAGGAAGUGUUUUGAUCUCAUUUCCCAUAACCGCACGUAUCAUUUCCAAGCUGAGGAUGAGCAAGAGUUUGUCAUCUGGAUCUCGGUGCUGACCAACAGCAAGGAGGAGGCCCUGAACAUGGCCUUCCGCGGCGAGCAGAGCAGCGGCGGCGAGGACGGCCUGGAGGACCUCACCAAAGCCAUCAUCGAGGAUGUGCUGCGCAUGCCGGGCAAUGAGCUGUGCUGCGACUGUGGCGCGGCAGAUCCCAAAUGGCUGUCCACCAACCUGGGCAUCCUGACAUGCAUCGAGUGCUCCGGCAUCCACCGAGAAAUGGGCGUGCACAUCUCCCGCAUCCAGUCCAUGGAGCUCGACAAACUGGGCACCUCAGAACUCUUGCUGGCCAAGAACAUUGGGAACAGUAGUUUCAAUGAGAUAAUGGAGGGCAACCUGCCGUCCCCCUCGCCCAAACCCGGCCCCUCCAGCGACAUGACGAUGAGGAAGGAGUUCAUCAACGCCAAGUAUGUGGACCACAAGUACGCCCGCAAGACGUGCUCGUCGGCGGCGGCCAAGAUGAUGGACCUGUACGAGGCGGUGCGCGCUCGUGACCUGCUGGCCCUGGUCCAGGUCUACGCCGAGGGCGUGGAGCUCAUGGAUCCUCUGCCUGAAGCCGGCCCGGAAGUGGGAGAGACGGCGCUGCACUACUCAGUUCGGACGGCUGACCACACCUCGCUGCACCUAGUGGACUUCCUGGUGCAAAACAGCGGUAAUCUGGACAAGCAGACGGAAUGGGGCAACACGGCCCUCCAUUACUGCUGCAUGUACGAGAAGCCCGAGUGCCUCAAGCUGCUCCUGAGGGGCAAACCGGCCACCGAUAUCACCAAUCAGAACGGGGAGACGGCGCUGGAUGUUGCCAGGCGACUGAGGAACGCACCGUGCGAGGAGGCGCUGGUGCAGGCGGCUGAGGGGAAAUUCAACCCUCACAUCCACGUGGAGUACGAGUGGAGCCUUCGACUGGAGGAGAUGGACGAGAGCGACGAUGAUCUGGACGACAAGCCCAGUCCCAUCAAAAAGGACCGGUCGCCGCGGCCGCAGAGCUUCUGCCACUCAUCCAGCCUGUCGCCGCACGACAAGCUCUCGCUGCCAGGCUUCAUCAGCCAGCGCGACAAGCAGCAGCGGCUGUCCUACAGCGCCUUCACCAACCAGAUGUACAGCGCCUCCACCGACCUCACGUCCUCGCCCGUGGCCGACGGCCCGCCGCUGCCGCCCAGGAACCAGGGCAAAGCUCCACACUUGGCAUUCCUCGGCUCUCAUUCGCACUACGCCACACUGGCUGGCACUCGACCAUACAUCCCUGCUCCGGCCGCCGCCGCCGCCGCCUCGCCUGCACUCACGGCGGGAGGCAGCGCCACCCUGUCCAAGAAGAGGCCGCCGCCCCCGCCGCCCAGCCACAAACGCACCCUGUCCGACCCGCCCGGCCCGCUCUGUCACAUCAGAGGGGGCCUGUCCGGGGAGGAGACACAAGCACACGGAAGCGACUCCACGCCGCCUCCCGUCAACAAGAUGUCACCCGUCUCCAACAAGUUUGAAGGCAUCCCUCAGCAGCAGAGUACGACUUCGAGCAACACAAAGUCCACACUUGGUCCAAGGGUUCUUCCCAAACUACCUCAGAAAGUGGCGUUGCGUAAGAUCGAAACCAUCCACCACCCCUCCUUGGACAAAGCAGGCCUCCCCCCCGAGGUCUUCCAGAAGUCACCGCCGGGGGCGGACACCCCACAAAAGGCUGCGGCCCCAGAGCGGCCGCAUCCGGCCGACCCGCCGCCCAAGCAGCCGGUAGAGCUGCCGCCCAAGCCCGGGGAACUCCCGCCCAAGCCGCAGCUCUCCGACCUGCCGCCCAAGCCGCAGCUGGCCGAUUUACCGCCCAAGCCGCAGCUCAAGGACCUGCCGCCCAAGCCCCACCUGGCCGACGUGCCGCCCAGACUGGGGUCGGCCGAGGCGGUCCCUCGCCCGCCGGGGGACACGCUGGCCAGGCCCCAGACGCAGCCGCCCCCGCCGCCGCAACUGCAGCCCCGGGACUCGCCGUCGCCCGAUCGUCCGGCCCCGCCCCCGCCGCAGCCGGGUGCCGAUGACACCGAGGGGACCCCGCCCAGUACCUCUGAGACCCCCGUGCCCCUCCCCAGGAAGAUCAAUACGGGUAAGAGCAAGGCACGGCGCGUGAAGACCAUCUACGACUGCCAAGCCGACAACGACGACGAGCUGACCUUCGUAGAGGGCGAGGUCAUCGUGGUAACGGGCGAGGAGGACCAGGAGUGGUGGAUCGGUCACAUUGAGGGCGAGCCGGAGCGGAAGGGCGUCUUCCCCAUGUCCUUUGUGCACAUCCUCAGCGACUGACCGCAAACCGGCGCCACCCAAUGAAGUCAAGCCUUUGCACUACCACAAGAACACACUCAAGCAAAAGUCAAAACGACGGGGAAAGCCUCGUCCGUGCUGUACAAAGAAUGUGCGUACCCUGCCCUCACCUGCGGUAUUAUCUUCGAGACCCCCCCCCCCCCUUGCCCGAUAUCAUAAACCAGCUCCCUCCGGCACUUAUCUCUCUGUAAACGCUGUGUGUAUAUAUUUUUGUAAAUAGAUCUGUGCGUCUGCUGUACAUACAUGUUUUACUGUAUAAACAUGCUAUGGCACAUUUGAUCCCGAUUUGUGUAGCCGGCGGAAGACCACCGGCCGCCCCACGUAGACCCUCCCUGGCUUGCUUUGUGUGUAACAGUGUUGUUUCGCGGUAGACGAACAGAACCGUGUAUUGCUGCCGCACCACCAAAAUCAAAACAGAAAAAAGUUGAGUACCAUGCGAUGUGAUCCAAUUUCAGCCUUUGAAAACGACGCACUGCAACGUGAGAGGUUUCACAUUUGAAUGUGACAAAUCUUACGGUGCUCAAAAUAAGAUGAUGAAUUCCACGCUAUAAAGUGGGAAGUUCCGCUUCUGGUUGUAAGGUGAAAUUCAUCCCAUUUGCCCUUUUUUUUUUUUUUUUUUUCCUGGUGUGGCAGCAGUUUCGCUUGCUGCCGCUGCCCGUGUUGGAAUCUCCAAGCCCGUCUUGACUUGAUCUCCCUCAGCCUUGUGCACGACUGGAACGUUCCAAGAGCCACUAGAGAGAGAGAAAACGCACCCCCAAGCCACUAUUAUCAUUGUUAGUAUUAAGAAACAGUAUUUAAUGAAACGGACAAAAAAAAAACUGUCAGCAAUAAAGUGUUGAGUCAUUUCCCCAAGUUGUGUUGACGGUGUCAUAAGUGAAAAGAUGAGCUAAGAGCUUUUUUUGUUGGGCACACAUGUGAAAAUGAGAAGCCGACAGUUUGUCGCCUGCUCCUCACUCACAUGCAGUUUGUCCCAUUGUUCAGGUUGUCCCCCUCCCCGCCUCAAAAAAAAUGUAUUAUUAAAGUGCUGUACUCUCUCAACCGUAACUCAAUUUCUACACUUCAUGACAAGUUUUUUUUUCAGCUCAGCACCCCAAAAUAUACAAAAAUUUAACCCCGUACAAAUCCGGCCUAUAUUUAAGUCAUCCCUAAAAAGUGAAAAGAAAUGUUGAACUCACUUGACAUUAGAAAAUUGCCUCCAAAGCAUGUCAAAUUAAACAACUUCCACCACAA